CCUCUCCAUUAACGUUUCAGUAGUAGAAACGAGUUAAAACGAACAACAGUAAAUUAUUUUUUAAUUAAUAAGUAAUAUUAUUAAGACGAUGGAGUUUAAAUUUGUUAUAUCAUUCCUAUUACUUUUGGCAAUUGGAUCUAACGCCAAAAAGUUACCGUUAGAAGAAUCGAGGCCUUAUGUGAUGAGUUUAAGUUUAGAAUUGAAAGAAGAAAAAGUAGUAGAUUUUAUAAUUGACUCCCUAUUUGCAACAAGUGGUUGGAAAAACUCGACUCCUUAUUGUCCCAUACAACUCAGUGAUGUCUUAAGUAUCAUACCAUUUAAGAAAACUUCAGCUAUCGACUUAAACAAUGCCAUAACUCAACAUUUGCAUCUCGAAAUAACCGACGACGAAAUCAACAACUUUGUUCAAAACUUAGAUUACACAACGUUGAGUUUUAUGGGAUUAAACGUCGGUAGUGUGUACAAAAAUUUCGUUAAAACUUAUUUAGCAACUGAUCCGACUAGAAUUAUGGAUGUUUUGAACGUAUUGGGUAUCGCACAAGACUUUGCGGUAGCUUAUGCGUUCGGCAAAGACGCCGAUAUGUUUGCGGCUCUACAAAAAGCAAACUUUUCGUUAGCAGCUUUAACCGAAAUUGAAACCCUUUUAAACGUUACAUUCAACAUGAAAGAUUUGACCAAAGUACUAGGAAUUAAAAAAUUAAAUCCUUUGUAUCUCCAGAAAUUUAUUAACGAGGAUUUAACGAAUUAUUUGGGUUUAACAGAACCACAAGAAACUGAUUUCGUAAACUUUUUAAAUUCAUUUAUGCUUGAAGCGGACGAUUACAAAGACAUUAAAGGAUUUAAAAUGUGUUAUAAAGAGUUAACACAAAACGUAGCUUUGGGCGUGGCAAUCUCUCAAAACGAAAUUAUCACAAACGAUUUUAAAAUCUAUGAAAGUUAUAACGACUUAAAAGAUUACGUUAAUUUCAAAAUUAUUUCGGUCCAAAUGAAAACGCCUUAUUUAUUUAGUUCCUUUGAAACUUUGGACGUUUUCAACAAAAUUACUAUAACCGGUGUUUUACCUCAAUACAUCGAAACGACCACAUCAUACGCCGAUAUCGAUACUAAAAUGUGUACUUACGUUACUAUUGGCACUAAAAAAUUAAUGGAACAACCCGUUACAGCUCGCAUGGUCGGAAACGAAUUGAAAAUUGCCAAAACGUUUAUGACCACCUUUAAAACGGGAAGUCCAUUGAUUUGCGAUGGAAUCCUUUAUGGUUUAGCUGCCGCGGAAAAUAUGCUAUCAAUCAUUUUCGACGUUUUCGAAGAGAAAGGGAUUGAGCAAAUUGAAAAUGAGGAACUCAUGUAUGCCUUAAAUAAUUUGUUUGAGGAAUUCGGAAUUAAUCCUUGCGAUUAUUUCUGGUGCACUCCACCCGAAUCUAUUAAUGGUGGAUUUGUGGUUGUUCCACCAGUUGAAGGAAAUUUUGAAAUUGGAAGUGAAGAGUAUGAUUAUUAUGGGGAAGAAAAUUAUGAGGAAGAAAAUAAUGAGGAAGAAAAUAAUGAAGAAGAAAAUAAUGAGGAAGAAAAUAAUGAAGAAGUAAACAAGAUUGUUGAUGUAGAGGAAGGAAAUGUUGAUAAUGAGAAUGUGCAAGGGUUAGAAGAAGCCAACGUUGAAGAACAACAAGUUGCACAAGAACAACCAACUGAAGAACAAGUUGUAGAAGAACAAGCUGAGGUUGGGCAACAACCAGUUGUGCAACAAGUUGUAGAAGAAAAUCCAGUUAAAGAACAAGCUGUUCAAGAACAACCAAUCGAAGAACAAGUUGCAGAAGAAAAUCUAGUUAAAGAACAACCAAUCGAAGAACAAGUUGUACAAGAACAAGCUGAGGUUGGGGAACAACCAGUUGAGCAACAAGUUAUAGAAGAAAAUCCAGUUAAACAAGAAGGUGAUGUUGAACAACUACCAGUUGAGCAACAAAUUGUAGAGGAAAAUCCAGUUAAAGAGCAAGCUGUACCAGAACAAGCAAUCGAAGAACAGAUUGUACAAGAACAAGCUGAGGUUGGGCAACAACCAGUUGAGCAACAAGUUGCAGAAGAAAGUUUAGAUAAAGAACAAGCUGUACAAGAACAACCAAUUGAAGAACAAGUUGUAGAAGAACAAGCCGACGUUGGGCAACAAGUUGUAGAAGAAAAUCAAGUUGGAGAACAAGUUGAUGUUGGACAACUACCAGUUGAGCAACAAGUUGUAGAAGAAAAUUUAGUUGAAGAACAAGCUGUGCAAGAACAACCAAUCGAAGAACAAGUUGACGUAGGACAACAACCAGUUGAAGAUUUUGUAAUAGGAGAAGGACAACACACCAUUAGCGAAGAACUUGAAGUAGUAAAUAAGAUUGAUGAACAAGUAAUUGAUGAUCAACAAGUUAUUGAAGAACAAGUUAUUCCACACGGUGAAGUUGUAGAUGAUGAACCUUGUAUUUCUGAUCAAUUAAUAAAUGAAGUAAAUGAGGAAGUGCAACUUGUUGAAAAUUAACCACCACCUAAUGAAGAACAUGUGGUUACAUAUCAACAAGAAUAUUAGAAGUAGAAAAACAUAAUAUUAAAAAAGGUUUUGAGAUAGAAAAAUUGUAGUUUGGUUAAAAAAUAAAUAAAGAUAAAUUGAGAAAACUGAGAAAUAUUACUCCAUAUUUUUGAUGUAAGAAUUUUUCAUUACCAAUUCAGUUAGGAUGUGAGAUAUUUUUCGCUUUUAACGCCAUAAUUAAUUUCAUAAAUUGAAACGUUAUAAUCGAUUUGAGUAAGAUUAAAUUGUUCUUGAGAU